GCAAUGCUGCUCACAGUGAAGAGGCUGCUGGGACAGCAGUGUCGUCUCCAGGUUUCUGGCGAGGAGCAGAUCUCUCUGGUGAAGAGCCUGGUGUCAGAAGAACUGAAUGUCCCCGCAAACCAGCAGACCCUGCUGUUCCAGGGCAAAGUGCUGGAUGGGGAACAUAGACUCUCCGACUAUCCUAUUGGGCCAGAGUCCACCCUCUACCUGGUCAUUAAAAAACCUGAGCCAAUUUACCUUACUGAGCUCUCAGAGCCAACCCCUGCCCAGCCUCACUCAGUGUGGUAUCGACUUUCCCAGGUGCUGGAGAAACACUUCAAAACAUCUGAUGCGGUGAGUGUUCUUGAGAGAGUGCUGAAUGAUUAUUACAGAGGUCUCGGCUUGCUUAGCCUAGAAAACAUUGAAGAAUUGGCAGUGGACAUUCUGAACCCUGAGGAAGCUGAUGGUAAGCCAGUGAUGGCAAGUGAGCUCCCACAGCAAGUGGGACACCCCACGGCCCCUGAGCCUGGAACCAGGAAGGAACAAGCAACCCAGACAGAUCCACAGGAAAUCCUGGGAGGAAAGUGUUACUAG